UUACCCCGACCCAACAGCAAGAGAGCGAUGGCGGGGGACGUUUCUACAGAGCUUCUUUUUCUAGAUACGUUUAAACAUCAGAGUGCAGAGUUAACCAACGUGGAUGUGGUGCGGUUUCCUUGCGGGGUGCUGAUCACAGAGGUCCGGGUCAUUCCUCCAGGGAUCAAAGCCCACAGCAACUUACCUGACAACAGAGCAUUUGGAGAGACGUCUCCUCAUGCCUUCCAGUUGGAGCUGUUCUUCAAUAAUGUCACCAAACCCAACAGUCCCACCUUCCACAGACUGGGCAGUCUGGAGUAUGACGAGAACAAGUCCAUCGUUUUCAGACCCAGUGGAAAGGUGAACACAGACGGCUUGGUGCUCCGGGGCUGGUACACCAGUCUGACAUUGGCGGUGUAUGGUACAGCAGAGCGCUCACAUGGACAUGACCAAGAUUCACCCCCUCCACCCCCACCCCCACCCCCUCAACAGCCCAGCGGGCCCAAGAGGAUUGUCAAACAAGACUGGGAAAAAGACGACCAGUAUAACGGCAGCCCACCAAGACCAGCACCCAGAGGGCCUCGUACUCCACCUGGACCUCCACCUCCGGAUGACGAUGAUGAGGAGCAGGUCCAAGUGACAGUGGGCGUGGUCAAAGAUGAGCCGUGCGAGGGGCGUGACGACUACCUGGAGGCCGUGUCACCUGAGAGGUCCCUGCCUGCUGAUGAGACGUACUCCGAUGCUGAACAAGAGGAAGAAGGCGAUGAGGAGGAGGAUGAGGAGGAGCAGGAGGAGGAAGAGGAUGCCCGGACAGAGGGGAGCGCUCCGGAGGAGGAGGAGGAAGAAGAGGAGGAAGAAGAUGAGGGUGAGGACGAGGAAGAGGAGAUGGAGGAAGGAGAUGACGGUUAUGAGCAGAUUUCCAGCGAUGAAGACGACUUGGAUAAUGGUAGCUUCAAGUUGCCUGCCUUUGACAUGGACUACACCCCUGAGGACCUGGCAUCUGUCCCACCUGUCCAGUAUGACCCCUAUGAGCGAGAACUCAGGCCGCUGCUCUACUUCACUCCUCCUUACAAGACUCGUUUUGAUACCCAGUUUGAGAAGGCCAGUGUGGAGGAACCCAGGGAUGCUGGUGAUACAAAAGGACCAGCAGGUGGAGAGGAGGCUGAGGCUGUUACCCAGCUGAAAGAGCUACUGGCUAGCAUCGGUGACGACAGAGAUGCUCGUUGGGUCACUGCUCUAGAAGAGGCACCUGGACUAUUGGCCAAAGGUUUGGCUUAUUUAGUUAAACAGGGAGAGGGUGAGGCGGAGGAUCCUGUUGAAGUUUUAGUCAAGUGGGCUCUCCAAGCUUUGAGUAUGGAGAUUGCUCUCACACAGCCCAUUGCUCUUAACCUCAGACAAUUGAAGGCUGGUGCCAAGCUAGCAUCAUACAUGGCAGAGUGCCCACAGGGCCUCACAGCACUGCUGCGUGAAGGGGCUCUGGGUGUGCUGCUGGAGCUAAUCCACGCGGACCACGUCUCUUCCACACUGAAACUGAGCAUCCUGAGAGCUCUGGAUGCUCUGACUAGUGCUCCUGAUGGGGUGGAAGCUUUCCUACAAGCAAGAGAGUCGGAGAAGAGUGGUUAUCAGCAUCUAGUCCAGCUGUUCCUGCGUGAAGAAACAGUGAGGGUCAUAACUGCUGGCAACGCCAUAUUACAGAAAAGUCACAUGUAUGAGGUACUGGGUGACCUACAGCGCACAGCAGCAGCAUGGAGUGAACAACAGCAGGAGGAGAUAGAAGAUGCUGAGAGCCCCAUGGAGGAGGAAGCAUCGCCAAACCCCACCCCUGUGAGCGAAGCAGAGCUCGAUAGGUUGGCAGGGGUUUUGGAAGAGUUACAUCACCUGCUUGAGACGGCCCCUCACUGCAUGGUCCAGCCACCUGGGAAAGCCUUCCCAACUACUGCAAGAGUAACAGGACCACAGGAGAGAGACGAUCCAUAUCCAACACUGUAUAGGUAUAUGCAUGCAUGUCACUUCCUGGAGAGCAUGUCAGUGGUGUUGUCGGCAGCUGCAGCAGCUGGGCACUUAGGUGUCACCCAAGCGGUUAGAGAGCUGCUGCGCUUCCUGUCGGUCACUCAGUCAGGUCUGCUCUUCCUUCUGGCCCAGCCCACUCCCAGCAACCUGCUGCUGCGUCUUCUGGCGUCGAUGGCAGAGGUCGAGGGCGAGGAAAGCACGUUUACGGGAGGAGAGGGAGCUCUCACAGGGCCAGGGUUUGGCGAAGAGGGCUUUAAUGUGUGGCUAAUGCAGGCGCUGCAUGCUCUGCAAGGUGUGUCAGAGCUCAUGAGCCAUGUGGCCACAGGAGGAGACGGGGGAGCUGGGCUGGAGGAAGGUGACAAUGCAGAGGUACUGAGCAUGCUCCAUGCGCUCUACCUGAUGACCUUCACUCAGACUGGUCGCAGUGCCGUGGCCCAUGUUUUCAGCCUGGAAAACAACCUUUCCUGUCUGGUGACCCUGCUCCAGCACCACAGCAAAGAUGGACAAGGUGAGGCGAAGGCUCGCAAAGCAGUGACGUAUAAUUAUGCCUGUAUGCUGGUGUUGCUGGUGGUGCAGAGCUCUAACGAACUGCGGAUGAUGGAACAAUUUGCCGCUCCGCUACUCACAUUAGCCAAGGCUGAUGACACCAAUGCCAAGUUACAGGAGCUCAGUAAAUGGCUGGAGCCUCUGGAGAAACUUCGCUUUGAGAUUGGCAGCAUUCCCACCCUCAUCGAUUACAUUAAACAGAAUGUGGAAAAUGUGUUGACUGCUGAGGGAACUGGGCUGGUCACUGCACUCAGGGUCCUCUGUCACAUCGCGUCCCCCCCUCCUGCUGUGGAAGGUCAGCAGAGGGAUCUUAAGUGGAGCCUUGCAGGGGUCCAGCUGUUCUCAGGCGAGGGUCUGGACACGUGUGUGCGUGUCCUGCAGAAGCUGUGCAGCGUGUUGCUGCAGCCAUGGCGUGUACACGGACACAUGGGCCCCACGCCGCAGCGCUGCAUGAUCCUCAGUAUAUGUAUCAGCACACUCAAGUUGUUGCGCACCAUGCUGACGGAGUUGCUUCGCGGGGGGGCUUUCCAGUUCAGGGACACGCGCGUGGCCAGCGUGUUGGUGACGCUCCACAUGAUAGUUUGCUCCAUCCCCGCGUCUGGACGUCUGGACGGGGAGGAGACCAGAGUGCAGGCACUCAUCGUUGAUGUGCUACUCACCUUCACGCAGGGUGUCAAUGAAGAGGUGACUCAUACGGAAGAGACUCUGGCCAGUAACACUUGGUCUCUGAUGCUAAAGGAGGUGUUGAGUUCACUGCUCAAAGCCCCUGAAGGUCUCUUCUCUGGUCUGACGCUGCUGUCUGAGCUCCUUCCUCUCCCACUGCCAAUGCAGAGCACUCAGGUGAUAUCAGUCCAAGAUGUGGCUGUGGCCUUAAACACAAGGAAGCUGUGGAGCAUGCACAUACGGGCCCAGUGGAAAGUGUUUUCAGAAGCGUUGAGGUGUGUGUGUGCAACCAGCUGCCCUCCUCUCUUAGCCAUGCUGAGGAGAGUGUGUGUUCAGCUGGCAGACCUGUCCUCACCCACUGCAACACUCAUCAUGAAGACCCUGGUGGAGCUGCUGCUGGAGGAGCUACAGCCGGCGGAGGGGAAAGGGGUGUGCUGGGGCCAGGCCCUGCGUCUGCUGUCUUUGAUGGAUGCCUUGGUGUCACAGAGAGCUUGUAAGAGCGCAGCGUUACACCUGCUCUCCGGGGCUGUGUCUGGAGAUGAACAACUGGCCGAUCUGUUCCCCUUGCUUCUGUCGCUGUUGGUUCCUCCAGCUGACCACUCCUUACAGCAGCAGCAAUGCAGCGAACUAGUGGGGACAAUAUUACAGUCACUGUGUGACCAGGACAUCUCCCUGGUGGUAACUCCUCCUGGUGAGAGCUGUGUGUCGGAGGUUGAACAGCUGGCAAAUGCACUUCCAGGGCGAGAGAUGAUGUCAGCAGUGUGCAAUGCCUUGUUGGAGGUUUUGGGGAAUGCAGAGAGCAGUGUCCCGCUCCUUCUCACCUGUAUCAGGACUUUGACAUUCCUCACAGAGCACGACUACGGACUCUACCAUCUCAAAGUUGCUCUGAAGAAACAUGGUGCGGGCCUGUGCUCACUGUUAAAGAGGUUGGUUUCAUUUAACAAGGAUUCAGCAGAUCUGCUCUCAGCUCUGCUUGACUUCCUCAGACAGAUUCUCAACACAGAAACAAUGUGUGUUGAGGAGGGUCAGGGGUCUGGUGAGGAGUCUUCCUUCUCUCCUCCUCCGCGGUUGCUGUCAGGCUCUGAGAUGAAAGCUCUGCUGCAGUGGGAAGAGUCCGAGUCACAUCCACUCCCUACUUUGGAGAAACAGAUCACGAAACUGUGUAAAGAAGAUGAGUCACUGGAGACCAUGUUGGAAAAUGUGAUUAUUCUGAGGCAGACGUUGGAGACAGCCACCGACACGCCUCCAGCAGCUGAUACUGAGCCCACUCUGCCAGCACCUGAGACACUCGGGGCCCAGUUUAACCACAGGACAGUGUUCAUUCUGUCAGAAGCUCUGGAUGAGCAGCUGAAGGCUCUGUGGUUCUCUCCCUUCCAGACUGAUGACAUAGAAACAGACCUUGAUAUGGUGAAGGUGGAUCUGGUGGGUCUGGCUCAGGGCUGUUGUCCAGAACUGGACCUGAAGGCAGAACUGGAACGCUCCUUCCUGUCUGAGCCCUCUUCUCCUGGUCACACCAAAGCUCCAAAAGGCUUCAGACUGGGCAAACACAAGCAUGAAACAUUCAUUACAUCAAGUGGUAAAUCAGACUACGUUGAGCCUGCUAAAAGAGCCCACAUCAUGGCAGCUCCACGUGGCCGAGGAGGUCGAGGAGGGUUUGGACAAAAUGUUUCCCGACCCCACGACAUCUUCCGCCAGCGUAAACAGAACACUUCCCGUCCUCCCAGUAUGCAUGUGGAUGACUUUGUGGCAGCGGAGUUUAAAGACAUUACGACCCCUCUCGGGCUUUUGCCCCCUAAACGACCGCCCAAGAGCUCCCCCAAACCCCCCACCAGAGGACUCUUCGCUGGCAACAGAGGCAGAGCUGCCUUCCACAGCCAGACUCGCUUUUUCACUCCACCACAACCUAAAGGUGUACUGCUGUCCGCAGGUAACUACGCUCGAAGAGAAGGAGGCAGAGGUUCAUCAUGGAGCGGCCAAGUUCCAGCUGUCACUCACAGAGGAACCUACAGUGAACCCCGCGGAGGCCAGAGCAACUUCACGCGUGGACCGCUGCCCUCCAGACAACCCCCAGCAAGUAUGUGCGCGUAUCGCCUGGCUCCUCGGGACCGAGCUCCGCGGGGCAGAGGAGGCACCGGGCUGUCGUGGCUUAGCGGAGGAGGAGGUGGCGGCAGUGCUGGAGGAGGAGGCGGGGGAGGUGGUGGGGGAGGAGGAGGUGGGGGGAGAGGAUCUCAGGGGAGCAAGUUCAGUGGUGGGGGAGGGAGCGGAGGCGGCCGGGGCAGACAUGUUCGCUCCUUCACCCGGUAAGUUCACCUGGGCAAUGACUGCAGCCUUUCAUGGCAACAAAUGGACCAAUCAGGAUAUUAUAUAUUCCGUCUCCAUGGAAACGUGGUGGGAUGAUGUUGUCGCAAUGACGUACAGACUCUGUAUUGAUGUUUUAUUGUUUUGUUAUCAUGAGUUGUAUUCAGAGAAUAAAGGUGAUAGGAACUGA